AAAGGAAAUCAAAGUGUGAUAGGGUAGAACCAUGCAGCUCAUGUGUUCUACGGGGAUCAGAAGAGUUUUGCUACACGGACAAAGAGAUGCCAUCCAGUAAGAGCUCUGAUGCACAGUAAUCACAGAUUAUCUGCCUGGUCUGGGAAUGAAAGUACAGAUUCCAUAAGGGCAAACAAAUCAGCCAGGGUAGAUUACAGUCAAAGUUUGUCAAGCUCAACCCACGAAGAAGAGUCAAACAAACCUGCUGCUCUUCACUCAGCUCUGGAUACGCUAUCGAAAUCUCUAAUGGAUGUCAAGAGACUGGUGAGCUCUGCUGAGUCGGGCCCUAAAGAGUCAUUGGCUGAAAUGGGAUCGACAGUGCACUGGGACGAUGUCGCAAAGCUAUUGCCCGCGCCAAACGAAUGUCAAGAGCUGAUCCAUUGUUUCUUUACCGAAUUGGAAUGGUAUCAAUGUGGUGUGAAUCAAACAAACUUUUACGCAUUAUGGGAAGGACCUGUAAAACGAAAAGAAGCGAUGCCAAGACAUUCUGUUGCUUUGAUUUGCGGUGUUUUUGCAUUCACUCUUUUGCUUGCACCAAGAAGUCAUCCUGCAUCCAGACUACCUCAAAGCGAUAACACUAAUCCGAGAAGACAAAUUGAAAAUGCAAGAUUAUUAAUCGAUGCUUUCUAUCAUUUCCCUACCCACAAAGAGGAAGAGGAGGAGGAAGAAUUUAUGUCAUUCGCAAACGAUAAGGAAAUGCUGGGUCAAUUACAGGCAGAGACGUUGUUCUGCUAUUACUGCGUUGUAGCAGGAUUGACGAAAAAGGCUUGGUUCGGAUUGGGAAAAGCAAUCAGGUUGGCAAAAGGCAUGGACUUAUUCGACGAAUCUCGAUGGUCUCUAUCACGAGCAGAAAGGGAGGAAAGGCGAGGAAUAGCAUGGGAUCUCAUCACGAUGGACAGAUGGUGCUCUAUGCAUAUAGGUAGAUCGGGCGAACUGAUGAGUCCAGUCAACGUUUUAUAUCCUUCCACCAAAUUACCUCAUGCCACUAUGCGUAAUCAAUGCAUGGAGCUUAUCCGUCGGACGUUUGAAUUUUUGAAGCAAUGCUCUUCAAUGGAGGUAAAUGACCGAUUUGCAGCAGCAAGGGAGAUGGAUGCGCAGGUGGAAGCCUUUCAAACGCAAUUACCACCCGAAUUACAGUUUAAAAAUGCUUCAUUGAGUGAUUUGGAGCCGGAAACGAUGAAAAGGGCGGCACCCUCUUUAACAUUUUAUUUCUCGAGCAAAUAUCUUCGAAUUAUGAUUAUGCGACCUUUUCUGAUGGAUCCUAGCGCACCACUCGAUCUACGAUUUGGUUCUUUACAACACGCUCGAUCGAUUAUCGAAUCAACGCCUCACAUGGUCGCUCUUUCUAGUAGUCCAUACGUCAGCUUUCCAGCUGCAUGGAAUUCUCAGUUCCUAUUCGUUGCAGCAGCAACGUUUGCAAGUGUUGUUCUAUCAAAGAAUGAAGUCAACUCGAUUUCCAAGGAAGACAGCGCGAUGAAAGCAAAAGUUGGCUGGAGCGAUCACAUUGCAUCGACGAACAAGAAUUUGACAAUAUGGCCGGAAGAAGAUUUAGACUGGUUUGCUUCAACGUUAUUUGACGUCGUUCAAACGUUUGAUGUUGUAAGUCAAGGAGCAAGAGGCUAUACAGCAAGAACAUGCAAGAACCUUUUACUCGGAUUAUGUACAUCCCGAGAAACCCUACGCAAACGAUUCCAAGAUCGCGAAAAGGCACGAAUUCAAAAGGUUGGCGGAAAGAAGGACAGCAAAUCAGAAGCCUUCAAGCGUACCUCUCUGCCUUCUGUCUUUUCACCCGAUAAUGACAGCACAGAUUCCUCAACAUCCAGAAAGCAUGGUCUAGCGAAUGAUGGAUCACAUCAUAGGUCAUUCGGAGGUAGCAGUGACAGUUUGACAUCUUCUGCUGCGCAUUCUCCUGCAACCUCUCAUUCUGCUCAAAGCUAUAAUGGACAUGGAGGAUAUCCGCCUCACCAUACGCUUCAAGUCAAUACUACCACUCAACCUGACUCAACGACAACCGUUUCUGCAGGCGAAGUACUGGCCGAUCUUGGAGCGACUCCAAUCGGUAAUGGUAUGCAGGGUAGCCUUUUCGGAAUGGAUCAAUUCAAUUUCGAAGUACCGUUUCUCGAUUCACAAGAAUGGGCAAAUUUAACGUCCAACUUAAAUAUGAACAUCACACCUAGAAAUUUGUAAGAAUACGACUAAUGCAUAUCAUGCUGUAUUUAUACCAAUCAAUCCAGGCGAGAUCGUUGUGCUGGAAUGAUCGCAUCUUUUUCGCUCCUAGAAAUUUGUAAGAAUACAUCUAAUGCAUAUCAUGCUGUAUUUAUACCAAUCAACCCAGGCGAGAUCGUUGUGCUGGAAUGAUCGCAUCUUUUUCGCUCUUGAGACGAGCA